AUGUUAAACCCAGAGCCAGAGAGAUUCUGGCCUAAGCCUGCAGCCCCAGGGCUCGGAGGUGGACAAGAUCCACCCACGUCCGGCAGCACCAGACACAGGCAGCUGGGUGCCAGGCACAGCGCAGAAGCGGCUCCUGCAGCCUCCAGCUCCUGCACACAGAUGCCAAAACAAGCCCGGGGUCAACCACCACCCAGGCCUCUCACCAACUGCCUGCCCUUGGCUCAACAAGUAAUUGCUGUUCUUGGAGGUGUAAUAGGAGGAAUCCUUCUGUUUGUUCUCAUUGGAAUUACUGCAUAUCUACUCUGGAAGAAAUUGUGCCUCUUCUCUUCUUAUGAAGAGCUUACUAGUCCUGUCUCAACAACACCUGCAAAGGCCCUUUUGCAGAAUCAGCCAUCUUCUGAAACUCAGCCAAAAGACACAAGAUCUAGAAGUGUUCCAUUUAUCAUUCCACCCACACUGCAUGGGAGAGACUGGAUUAACUUGAUGAACGAAGAACAGGUUCAACAAGACAGUGACCCCUACGUGAUUCCUCAGCCUGGGCCACGGUCGUCAUUUCAUUCCUUGGCCGGAGCUUAUGUUGUAGGGACCAUUAACCCAGAGCUGUACAAGUUUCCUGAAGACCAAAGUGAGACAGAUUUUCCUGAGGGCAGCAUUGGCCGUCUCUGGUUCUCCGUAGAGUACGAGCAAGAGUCGGAAAGGCUCCUUGUCUCCUUGAUUAAAGUCAGAAAGCUGCAGCCUCCUGCUGAUUCCUGCAGUCCGUUUGUGAAAAUCUACUUGCUGCCAGAUGAAAGACGGUACUUGCAGUCUAAAACAAAACGGAAAACCCUCAACCCACAGUUUGAUGAAAACUUUGUUUUUCAGGUUUCCAGUAAAAUGUUAUUUCAAAGUACUCUGAAAUUCUUGGUUUAUCAUGUUGAUAAGCAGAAGAAGCACCAUCUCCUAGGCCAAGUUAUUUUUCCAUUGAAAAAUGAAACUCUAACUGAUGACAGCAAAAUAGUUAUAUGGAGGGAUUUGGAGAAAGACAACUUGGAGCCUCCAUCAGAGUAUGGUGAUAUCCAGUUCUCUCUCAGCUACAAUGACUACCUGGGCCGCCUCACUGUAGUGGUUCUGAGAGCAAAGGGACUAAAGCUCCAGGGCGAGAGCCAUACUGCCAGUGUAUAUGUCAAAGUCUCACUAAUGAACCAUAAUAAAUUCAUCAAAAGUAAAAAGACAGCAGCUGUUCUGGGAUCCCUCAAUCCAGUGUAUAAUGAAACCUUCAGCUUCAAGGCAGAUCAGACAGACCUGGAUACAGCAAGCCUGAGUCUAUCUGUGUUCCAGAAUAUCGACAGAGACAAAAGCCAGCUGCUGGGGCGUGUAGUAGUUGGGCCCUUCAUGUACACUCGGGGCAAAGAACUAGAGCACUGGAAUGAGAUGAUCGGCAAGCCCAAGGAGCUGGUUAAACGAUGGCAUGCCCUAUGCCACAGCACUUAAACAGCAUCAUUCUGAGGGCAAA